UUUGGCAACAUCGCGGCCUGUUAGUGUUCAGUGUUUACGGUGGUUUGAGGGAGUGAUUUUAUUUCUAGUAUCUUCUCAAAAAUGCCACCCAAGAAAGACGCUAAGAAGGCACCGCCUUCAAAGGCCCCAGCCAAGAAGAAGGAAGGAGGAUCCGGUGGCAAGGCCAAGAAGAAGAAGUGGUCCAAGGGCAAAGUUCGUGAUCAGCUCAACAACCUGGUGCUCUUCGACAAAGUCACCUAUGAUAAGUUAUUGAAGGACAUCCCUUACUCCAAGCUCAUCACGCCAUCUGUCGUGUCUGAGAGACUCAAAAUCACUGGAUCAUUAGCCAAGAAGGCCCUUGCUGAACUUCACAGGAAAGGAACAAUCCGAAGAGUCUGCAAGCAUCACGCGCAGAUCGUCUACACCAGGAAGAUCAACAAGUCUGAUGAUUAAAGGGCUUUACUGAUGA